AUGGCUCGAGCGGCAGCUCUCACCGCCACCUUACUCUCAUUUGUCCUGUUUCCCUUGACUACUUCUACCCUUCCUGCCAGUAAUGGCCGUCCCACGGUUACGAUUGACUCUGGUGUCGUGGUAGGCAUCACCAAGAAUGAGAACUCUACCGGGCUGGAACUCAACGCCUUUCUGGGCGUUCCUUUCGCCGGACAACCUGUGCGAUGGGGUCCUCCCAAGUCACCAGUGCCGUGGACGACGCCAUUCGACGCAUCCGAAUAUGGCCCUGCGUGCGUUCAGCAGUUCAACUAUCCUGCCGCUCGCCGAAACCUGAUCCUGCAAUGGUUCAACACUCCUGCACCGCAGGAAAGUGAGGAUUGUUUGAACGCCUGCGUCUAUGUCCCCAUUGCGAAGGACAAUGCAAAGCCGAAGGCCGUAAUGGUAUGGUUUUACGGCGGUGGCUUGCUCUACGGCUCGAACGCGCUUCCACACUACGAUGGGUCUACCCUGGCUGCGCAUGAGGAUGUCAUUGUUGUGGUCGUGAACUACCGUACAAAUGUAUUUGGUUUUCCGGGCUCGCCUCAAAUACCUCUUACGCAGAGAAAUCCGGGAUGGUUGGAUCAACGACUCGCACUCGAAUGGGUGCAGCGAAACAUAGCUGCAUUUGGAGGCGACCCUGACAGAGUGACCAUCUUUGGCGAGAGUGCCGGGGCUCAGAGCGUCGAUGCCUUGAUCACCCAACCACCCGAUCCGCUGACCUUCCGGGCAGCAAUCAUGCAGUCCGGAACAGGGACAUACCGCAAUGCUCCGGCAAAUUACUCGGCAACCUGGAACACUCUCGUUGCUGCAAUGAACUGUUCGUCUGCCACAGACAUUCUGGCCUGCAUGCGUGCGGUGCCGGCAACCACGAUCAAAUCGUACAACGAACUCAACCGUUUACCGUGGAUACCAGUGUUUGACAAUGUCACCAGUGCGUACGCCGCGCGCUCGAAUCGCCUGAGCUCCACCCCUCAGAAUCCCAAGAUCGCUCGCGUGCCUAUCCUCGGCGGCAGCAACGCGGACGAAGGUCGGCUCUACUCCAUCAGCGCGAAUGAUUCCUCGUCAUUCAUCCGUGGUCUUUUCCCAACAGCCACGGACCAGCAGAUCUCCGAUCUACUCGCCGCAUACCCGAUCGGCGGCCCGCCGGGUUCGGGAGUAUAUACCGGCACCUUCACCAGUCCACUCGAACAACUCGGCGCCCUGUACGGGGACUUCAUCUUCCAGUGUCCAGCACGGCUUGUCCAUUUGGAGACGUCUCAGGCAGACAUCCCAAGUUGGAGGUACUACUACAACGCCAGUUUCCCCAACACGGACAUCUUCCCAGACGCAGGAGUCUACCACAGCAGUGAAAUCGGCAUCGUGCUCGGCACGUACCCGGUCGCCAACGCCACGGUCUAUCAGGAAGCACUGUCGCGGUACGUGCAGCACAUUUGGGCGAAUUUCGCGAAGGACCCGUACAAUUGGAACGCAUGGCCCGAGGGACCCAACGCGACAGGCGUGCUGGGCGGCGGUGUGAGGGCAGAGGAUGGACCGAAGGCGUCGGGCCCGUACUUGACGGUGCUGAAUCGGACGCAGACCGACUUGCUGGAUAGGCGGUGUGGCUUGUACCAGGCUAUUUAUGAUACUCUUGGGCAUUAG